AUGGCAAGGGGCAGCGCCAUCUCGGGCGCCCGCAGGGCCGAUGCCUGGCUCGUAUUCGCCAUCCUCAUCGUCAUACAGAUCGUAUGCUUCAGAGGCAGCGCCCGCCUCAGGGACACUACCCCCACCUCGCAGACCGAGCCCAGACACGCGGCCACCUUCCAACAGACACCGCUGUGGAAGCGCGACGCCUCCCUCGCCGCUCCCCAGCAGCCCCGCACCUACGCUACCCAACAGCUCCACCUCAGCCAGAACCAUGCAACCUCCAGUCAGCCACAGCACGGCCACCACGCCCACGACGACGACGACAAGGACCCGCCCGCACAAACAGAGUGCCAUCCCAUACCCAUCUCAUCCCCGCCCUCGGAAAUUUGCGCCCACGUCAUCCAGCACUGCGAGCCCUCCGGCCACAUCGACUACCUCCGCUUCUACUACUGCGCCGGCGCCGCCCAGACCGACGGCGGCGAUCACCACGACCACCCUCCCGACGGCGAGCCCCACCACCGGCCAAAAUGGCGCCCGGGCCUCGCCGCGCUCCGCGUCAUGUGCCUCGUCAUCAUCCUCUGCUGGAUGCUCUUCCUCUUCAGCUGGGUCGGCGUCGUGGCCAGCGACUUUUUCUGCCCCAACCUCAGCACCAUUGCGUCCAGGCUCGGCCUCAACGAGAGCACCGCCGGCGUCACCUUUCUCGCCUUUGGCAACGGCUCGCCCGACGUCUUCUCCACCUUUGGCGCCAUGAAGACCGGCAGCGGCUCCCUCGCCAUCGGCGAACUCGUCGGCGCCGCCUCGUUCAUCGUCUCGGUCAUCUCCGGGUCCAUGAUGCUCAUCGCGCCGUUCCGCGUCAAGCCGUGGCCCUUUUGCCGCGACGUUGGCUUCUUCACCGUCGCCGUCGCCCUCAUCCUCAUCUUCCUCUUUGAUGGGAAGCUGAGGAUCUCGGAGUGCAUCACCCUCAUCUGCCUCUACCUCGUCUACGCGGCCACCGUCAUCCUCGGCGGCUGGUGGCAGGAACGGCGGCGGCAGAAGCGGCUGAUGCUCGCCGCAGCACGCACCGAGUACGACAGCUCGAUCGGCGACGCAUCCUCGCUCCGCAGCAGCAUCCACUCUGGGCAGCAUCGCGACGUGGAACGCAGCCAGCUCCUCUCGGUGCCCGGGGGUCUCGGCGGCAGCCCUCGCAGCGGCCUCAGCCCUUCCGAGUACGAGCCAGAUUUUGACCCCUUCGACGCGUGGGCGGGGGAGCGCAGCCAAGAGGCGCCCACGGCCACGGCGACGGGCGAGCAACGCCUCGAUGGCUGGGUCACGCCAGAUCGCCUGCACGGCUCGGGCACCCUGACGCCCGGAGGCCUGACGCCCGGUGCAGCCAUGUCCAGGGGCAACUCGCGCUCGCAACCGUCAAACCGGCCCGGCCUAGUGCCCAGGCACUCGCUCCUCUCGGCCAUCGAGUUCCGCGACGUCGUACACAGCCUGCGUCAGGACGCCACGGCGGACCGGUCCAUGGAGAUCUUCCAGAGCUGGGACCCGGAGCGUUUCCUGUCCGACCGCCGUCACCAUGCCCACCGUCGCGGCUCGUCGAUGGACCGCAACAUCGGUGCCGCCUCAAGCCCAGCUACUGCCCGUCGGGGAGGGCACGCUCGAGUGACCAGCUUGGGCGCUGGCUUCGGCUCCUCCUCGACGGCAGCGGCGGCGACGGGCCACGGCAGCUCCGGCAAGCUGGUGCGAUCGCACGACACCGACGUGGAUCCGGGGCAGGCCUUCGCUGGUGCUGCGCAAACGGGACAGGAGGCGAGCCCGUCGAUCGACAUGUCCGCGGCCACCAUCGACGACCCAUGGCGGGAGCAUCUUCCCGGCGACGGUUGCGAGCCGCUUGGGUCGCCUGCGCUGCCCCUAGAGGGCCACGGGGGCAGCGGCGGCGCCGGCACUCUGGGCACCGAUGAUCUCCGUCGAAGCCUUCCCAAGCUGAGCAUCCCACAGUGGCAGACUGGCUUCGCGCAAACCCAGCGACAGGGCGGUGCCGACGCGGCAAAGACGAGCAAGUCGGCACGAAAAACGCCCUCCAUCCCUUCGAUCAAGAUCUCGGCAGGCGACGGCGAGGAUGGACCCGACCGCCAGCCGACGUCGACGCUGCCCGGCGAGGUUCGUCUGCGUCCCCACCGCGGCGUCUCGGAACAGAUUGUCUACCGACUGCGCGUCGUCCUCCGAGCGCUCUUCCCCGCCUUCCGCCACGUGCGGGACAAGUCGUGGAUCGGACUGGCGAUCAGCAUCAUCACGGCGCCGGCGAUCAUGACGCUGAACCUGACGCUGCCCGUGGUCGACGACGAGGCGGAUGACGACGGCGACGACGAGAAGCGCAACGGCGAUGCGGAGGGCGGGCUGCUGCGGCUCGAGGGCAGCGAAGUCGACCUCCUGGCGCGGUCGCCCUUGGAGCGCUACCGCGACGACCGACCCCAUCAAGGUCAGGACGAGGACGACGAGGCAUUCGAGGAGCGGAUCAUCAACCUGCGGCCGCAGUCGCCCGACGGCAGCGUGCGCAGCGCAGAGGAGCGGGUCGAGCAGGCCGAGAGGACGAUGCGGGCCGAGCACGGCCAGCGAGACCUCGACAUUGCAUCGGCGCUCCGCCGCCUGCCUGAGAACGGCGGGUCUCCGCUGUCGUUUGGGAGUGGGCCCAAGUCGGCGGCGGUGCCGUUCCCUUCGACGCGUCCGCAACCCGGCGCUGCUGCCGGCGCUGCUGCGGUGAACUCGGAGGGCCACGACGCGCGCGGCGGCGGCGAUGACGACGACUGCCUCCCCUGCGAGGAGCACGAGGCCGAGGUGCAGGAGCUGCGCAGGUCGUCGCGGCGGUUCCUGGCGCUGGCGCAGUGCAUCUUUGCGCCGAGCUUUGUCGUGUGGGCCAUUGUGUCGUCGGCGGGCGGCGACCACGCGGCGGUCAAGGUGGCGUUUGCGGCCGUGGCCGGGCUGGCGGUGUGCGCGCUGGCGCUGGUGGCGCUGCGGCAAAAGGACGCGGGCAAGGUGCGGUACCGGGAGCGCACGGUGGCGCUGGUCGGGCUGCUGCGGUGCUCGAUGGGCUUCCUGGUGUCGGUCAUGUGGAUCAUGACGAUUGUCGACGAGGUCGUGUCGAUCCUGCAGACGGUGGGGCUGAUUGUGGGCAUCUCGGACGCCAUCCUGGGUCUGACGGUGUUUGCGGUGGGCAACUCGCUGGGCGAUCUGGUGGCCAACGUGACGAUUGCGCGGCUGGGCCACCCGGUCAUGGCCAUCAGCGCGUGUUUUGCCGGGCCGCUGCUCAACCUGCUGCUGGGCAUCGGCAUAUCGGGGACGUGGCUGCUGUCGGGCGAGAGCUCCAAGCAGCCCUGGUCGCACGCCGACCUGGACGGCAUCUACCUCAUCGACUUCAGCCCGACGCUCCUCGUUUCGGGCCUGGGCCUGCUCAUGAUCCUCGUCGGCACGCUGGUGGCGGUGCCCAUGAACGGGUUCUACCUCACCCGCCCGCUCGGCGUCGCCCUCAUGGCCACCUACGCCCUCAUCAUGACGCUCAACGUCCUCACCGAGCUGUUUUGGGUCGAGCCCAGCAGCUUGGCCCGGUGA